AUGGCACGUUACAGAGGAGUAGAGCACGAUGACGCGCCGCGGUGCGACCCGGCAUACGUCGCGUGCGGGAACACGUCUCCCGACGGCGCACACGGGAGUAGCCGCUACCCGAUGGCCAUGGGCUACGGCGGCGAAGGCCUAGAGCCACAAGCAUACGAGGUAUCGCAGACAGCCGGCGUGCCGGGUUACCUCGAGCCUCAGGACACGUAUUGCGAGGAAACCGCACAGCCCGCUGCGGAAGGCGACGAGGUGACCAGCCAAGUCACGGAGCAGGUGCCCUCGGCUUCCAUGAUGUAUGAUUACGGAGCGGAGUACUCCACCGCCCAGCCCAUGGCGGUACCGGGGUAUGAAAUGGGGUUGGUUGACUCCUACGACCAAUCAGGCGGCAGCAAGCAGAUGACUCCGGGGAUUUCCAGUAGCAUGUCCGGCGGAUUACACGGGUCCAUGUACGCGAACAUGCCCAGCACCGAAGAGUCCAUCGACACAAUGAACGCCCAGUACUGGUACGGGCGAAACUCAAUGGAGCAGGCAAUGGUGCCGCCGAGUUGUGAUCUCACAAUGUACCAAAAGCCCAUGACGCCGCGGUACGACGGCUACCGCUUCCCUUUCCCACCAUACUACCCCCAAAAUGGACAGUCGUACGCAACGUACGGCUCAGAGCGUAAUCUGCCUUACUCCGGCAGUUACGGUAUGCAUGAAGAAGGAUAUUCGCCGGCGAAGCAACACUACUCCCCGAGGCGGGCGGUCAGCACCGGUGCGCUACCGGCGCCGUGCAAGACCCCCCCGAUAAACUGCUACCAGAUGUCGCCAGAUCACAUGGCGAUGAGGGGAUGGAGCGCGCAGGGGUACCCAGAGGGAGUGGACCAGAACGCCAUGCAGAAUAUCCCAAUGAUCAACCAGUCGCCUAUGGAGCAGCAGCCGAUGCAGAUGCCUCCCAGGUUCGGCCCCGACGCGUUCUACGGCGAACUAACCAGGCGAUUGCAGCAGGAGAUGAAGAGCAAGAAGCAGGCAGCGAGCGGUCGCCCGAAGGUCAGCAGGCACAACUACGUAUGUGCCAUGUGUCACGCGCGCACAACACCACAAUGGCGCUAUAUCAAGGGGACCUCUGUUUGCAAUGCCUGCUAUAUGCGCAUCCGCAAGCAAAAGCUCAGGCAACGAGCACGCGAAAAGGAAGAGGCGGCCAUGAAGUUUGAGUCCGCCAGUGCCGAGACGGAGAUCCCGGACGACAGACGCCUGAUGUAUUCGGUAGGCGCACCGCACAGGUAG